CAAAUCGCACCUUUAAGUAGAAUUUAAAUAAAUGUAGUUAUUCUGACCCCAUUCAGAAGGUGGCGGUAAUGCACCAUAAGUAGUUUGCCAACCGCCAAAGGAGAAGAAGAAGAGGAAAAUAAGCAGAAGGAAACAACGAGUUCGAAAUUUCACAGAUGUUGGUCCAAUAUAGGCUAAAUUUUGCCGUUGACACGUGUUUGGCGUGUUUAUUAGACAAACGACACACAAGGUGGGACACUUCGCUUACGUGUCUAGAGCCUAGACCAGCGAUAGCCUAAUAAUAGCCGGUUUCAUAUGAGCCUAAGUGACAAGGAGGCGUCUAGUUAUGUAGGUAGGCCGACCUCCGUUGGGAACAUGGAUCUUGGACUACAGUUGAGCUCUGGUUGUAACGUUAACGAUGCCGAAACACUGCAGGUUGACCUGCUGGUGAAAGAAGAAAACCUCAAAGAGGAAGAAUAUGGCCGUAUGAUAUCAUGUCAAGAUGAAGAAGAAAAGCCCUUUGGAGAGUUUCACUGUAACGUUAAAUCUGAAACAGACAAUUCAGAGUAUAACGUGACCUACUAUGAAACACGACACACUGAAGUGAAGGAGGAGGAGGAGCAAGAGGUUGAGUUAAAGGCAGAAUUGGAUGAACAAGAGAACGAUGAUCAGCUGGAAUGCUCCAGUGAAACAUUCCAGGCACCAGUGGAGAUUGAAGUGAAGAAAGAAGAGGAGGAGCAUCUUCUGGAAAAGACCAAAUUCCUUGUAUACGCCAGAUGCCCCUGCCGAGGCUGAGGAUGACACCGAGGGUGAUUUGCUUGCUGAGGAUGAAACGCCUCCAAGAACAAGGCAGAAGAAGGAAAGUAAGAAGAAGUUAGUCAACAAAGAGAGAAGAAUGAAAGGAAAAUCCUACACUGGUAAGCACAGGAAUGAAGAGCUGUUAAAGGAGCCACGUUUGAUUGGACCAAGAUGUACGUCAGUGGCUUGCGAGAAGUCGUCUAAACAUCACUGCAGCGAAAUCACAGAGGCGGACAGGGAUAAGAUUUUUAAGAACUUUUGGGAAAACAUGACCUGGGAAGAGAAAAGGAUGUAUGUGUGCAGUUUAGUCGAUGUUGUGGCCGUGCAGCGGAGAACAGGGUCUGAUACUUCACGGAGGUCAUCAACUCUUGUUUUCUUUUUAAAAGUUAGAGAAGGGCAGAGAAUGAGGGUAUGCAAGAGCUUGUUUUUGUCAACAAUAGGAAUAGGGGAAUGGUCAGCCCUUAACUGGGUGAAGGAAACACAGAGAGCUUGUUUUUGUCAACAAUAGGAAUAGAGGAAUGGUCAGCCCUUAACUGGGUGAAGGAAACACAGAGAGUAGUAAACACUAAUUAAUUACCAUAUGUCUUUACAUAUAUAUACGGGCUGAUGAAAGUAGACAGCUAAGAGAGACAUACUGACCAGGCUACCGAAGUUGUGUGGAAGAUCUGCUCCAAGAAAAUCGUUGUGAAAGACGGACAAUCAAUUUGAACACUUGCGUGUGCACCAACCAGCGGAAUAUUACACAUUGCCAGCCUUCGCUGGGCCUAGCAAAAAAAGCUACUUAAGACUACUAUCGUGGUCACUCAUUUAAAAUCUUCAGUAGUAGGCCUACGCUAUGGAGCAUCCCACGUUAUCAGGCUACCGUCUAUGCUGACUAUGAGGGCGGCGGGAAGUGAAAGUAAAGGGCUGCGAUCGCGCAAUCCAGGCUAUAGGAGGGCAAAGUAAAAAAGAACUUACAAAUAAUGAAUCCCGAUUACCACUCCGCUGCUGUCUGGGACUUUUGCUAAAUGCAUGAAAUUCAAGCCUUACAGUGAAAGACGGAUAGGCUACCUUCUGAUCCUGUAAUUAACGAAAGAAAUGGUUUAGGCCUAUUUUAACAAAGAGUAAGGACUAACCACUCAUCGAGUGGUUAGUGGAGUUCGUUGACUAUUAAAGGGACACCAGGCAACGUUUUCGUGUUAAUUAAUCAUCUUUGUAAGUCGGUAUAUGGUUAAAUGACUCAUUACGGGGCGAAUGAAGGCUC